CUAAUGGGGAGGAAUUGGAAGAAGGACAAGUUCCGGCGUUCAAAGAGUUCGAACUGGUGGAGCUUCGAGCUGCCACUAAUGGCUUCAGCUCCGAGCUGAUUGUUUCUGAGAGUGGAGAGAAAGCUCCCAAUGUGGUUUACAGAGGGAAGCUUCGGAAUAACCGAUUGGUCGCCAUUAAACGCUUCUCCAAGCAGUCAUGGCCUGACCCUCAACAGUUCGUGACUGAAGCUUCUGGAGUUGGUAAACUGAGAUUUAAGAGAUUGGUUAAUUUGAUUGGAUGCUGUGCAGAGGGGGAUGAGAGGCUGUUGGUGGCAGAGUAUAUGCCCAAUGAUACUCUCUCAAAGCAUCUGUUUCACUGGGAAAAACAACCAUUUCCUUGGGAAAUGCGUGGUAGAGUUGCAUAUUACAUAGCACAAGCCCUUGAUCAUUGCAGCACAGAAAACCGGAAAAUAUAUCAUGAUCUAAAUGCCUACCGAGUUCUCUUCGAUGAGGAUGGGGAUCCUCGAUUAUCUAGUUUUGGUCUGAUAAAGAAUAGUCGAGAUGGUAAAAGCUACAGCACUAAUUUAGCUUACACUCCACCAGAGUUUCUACGGACGGGCAGGGCCAUACCAGAGAGUGUGAUCUACAGUUAUGGAACCAUUUUGCUGGACCUUUUAAGUGGGAAGCACAUUCCUCCAAGCCAUGCAUUGGAUUUGCUAAGAGGGAAGAACUUAUUGCUGCUAAUGGAUUCAUCCUUGGAAGGACAAUAUGGAGAUGAUGAUGCAACUCAGUUGAUUGAUCUUGCUUCCAAAUGUCUCCAAUACGAAGCAAGAGAUCGACCCGAUAUAAAAUCUGUUCUUUCAGCAGUGGCAGCACUGCAAAAACAGGAGGUUGCAUCCCAUGUACUAAUGGGCCUGACUAAAACGCCUGUUGUGUUGCCAACUAUGCUUUCUGCACUCGGAAAAGCUUGCGUUCGAAUGGAUCUUACUGCUGUACACGACAUAUUACUUAAAGUUGGUUACAAAGACGAGGAGGGCGCCGAUAGCGAACUUUCAUUCCAAGAGUGGACUCAGCAAGUACAAGACAUGUUGAACACCAAAAAGUUUGGGGAUAUUGCAUUCAGAGACAAGGACUAUAAAAAUGCCAUAGAGURCUACUCAAAGCUAGUAUCAAUGAUGUCAGUUCCUUCUGGUACUGUCUUUGUGAGACGAGCGCUCUCGUACUUGAUGGUCGGUCAACCAGAACUCGCAUUGAGAGACGCAAUGCAAGCUCAGGUAUGCUUGCCCGAGUGGCCGACUUCCUUCUACAUGCAGGCUCUUGCCCUCUCAAAACUAGGAAUGGAGUCAGACGCGCAGGACAUGCUCAACGACGGAGCCUCCUUCGAAGCGAAGAAGCAAAACAUAUGGCGCAGUUAAGCGGGAAGAGAUGAUCGAAGUCGAAGAAUCGACGUUUUGGCCAUGGGGGAUUCACUAUACAAAUCAGAGCUUCCCUUCAAUUUUUUUAACAAAGGAGGAGACAGAGCAGAGGGAGAGUAGACAAGCAGAUGCCCAAAAAUUUUAGAGGGACCAAAUGGUUAAAAGCAAAAAUGUAAGGGKUGAAAUUUUAAAAAAUAGUCUACUAGAGGGCUUCUAUAUAAAUUUGAUGAUUUGCGGGGAUCUUUUAGCUAAUUAUCAUUUCUUUCCCCCUUUAUGUA